UGGAUAAUCACGUGAUGAGAAUGAGAUCUCGACAGUCACUGUAAUUCUAUAAAUGAAGAGCUUAUCUGCCCUAUCGUAUUAUCAACAUUUAUCAUUUACACAUGUAUGUACAUGUAUCAAAGUAGAAUAAAUCUUCGAAUUUAAAAAAAAAUGUAAGUACGUCAAAUAUUAGCAUUCACUCAUGUAUUCAUUAAUAAUCAUAAUCUCAAUUUUAAUUGUUCUACUUUAAUUAAAAUUUCGCUUUUUUUUCGCCACACAACGCAAUCGUCCAAUAUUUUGUGUAUUUUCACAAUGUAAACUAAUCCAUUCUAAUUAUAUCUCUUGUACUUUCUCACAAUGUUUUUCUCUUCUCCUUUUUCUCGUAUAGAGUGGGAGUAUACAUUUAUUUCAGUUUAAUGUAGAAAAUACAACAUAUACAUGUGAUGCGGUUAAAAAGGCAGACAGAUGCUUUGAAGUUAGCCAGGAAAGGAUAGAGUUUAUGAAAAUUCAAAACGAUUUUGGAGGAUCAUGCGACUCAUGACGACAGUGAACGUUAAAUUGCUGCCAAUUUUACGGCAGCGCGGCAUGAUCGCGCGUUCCUUCUGCAAAAAUAAUUUCAGUCCGGUUAAUCAAACAUCGUCGCCGAUUUGCAUUAGAUCGCAACUAGCAAGAUCCAAUUAUUUAGGUGAAAAAUCAGAAUUAUUAUUGAGGAACAUACGCGGACGACGAAUUCAUCCUGCGGUGGUGUCAGUGAGAUUCUUCGCAACGAAAAGAUAUUCUGAUCCUCCGAGUGACGGCAAUGGAGAACAGCCAGCAGAUUAUCCUGCUUCUCUACCUGCAACUGUCGUGGUACCUGAAGUAUGGCCUCAUGUACCGGUCAUCGCUAUCAAUAGAAAUCCAGUGUUUCCUAGAUUUAUUAAACUCAUUGAAAUUAGCAAUCCGAUAUUGAUUGAUUUAAUACGUAGAAAGAUAAAGCUAAAUCAACCUUAUGUGGGAGUAUUCUUGAAGAAAACUGAAGAGAAUGAAGCUGAAAUAGUUCAAAACUUAGAUGACAUUUAUUCCAUUGGAACAUUUGCCCAAGUGCAUGAAGUGCAGGAUCUCGGAAACCGGUUAAGACUAGUAAUUAUGGCACAUCGAAGAAUUAAAAUUGUUAAUCAAAUAUUCGAGGAUGCCAAUCUAAAGCCAGAACAUGAAGAAAAAAAGAUGAAACUGACGUUUCCGCUAUUAAAUACUACAAUUACCGUCCCCGUAGACGAUACAGUUACCAGUGGCAAGAUAAGCCGGAGAUCAUUGCGCAAGAAAACAGAGAAUAAAGCUGCAGAGCAAACUGUGAAAACAGAAAAAGUCAGUGAGACAAGUUCUAUAGAAGAAAAGCCGCCGGCAGAUUCGCCUGAGAAAAGUACAGAGAAACCAUUAGAUGCGUCAACAACUCAGUCUAAUAGUCAACCUAUACUAAUGGUCGAAGUAGUAAAUGUUACACAUGAAAAAUUUAAGCAAACUGAAGAAAUUAAGGCUUUGACACAGGAACUUAUUAAGACUAUUCGAGAUAUAAUCAGCAUGAAUCCUUUAUAUCGUGAAUCUCUGCAACAAAUGCUGCAUCAAGGACAAAGAGUUGUAGAUAAUCCCGUUUAUCUUAGUGAUUUGGGUGCUGCUUUAACCGGUGCAGAUGCACAGGAAUUGCAGCAGGUUUUAGAAGAGAUGGAUAUUUUAAAACGAUUGAGACUGUCGCUUGCGCUUCUAAAAAAAGAAUACGAAUUAAGCAAGUUGCAACAGAAAAUCGGAAAAGAGGUUGAAGAGAAGGUAAAACAGCAACAUAGAAAAUAUAUUCUCCAUGAACAAUUGAAAGUCAUUAAGAAGGAACUAGGAUUAGAGAAAGACGACAAAGACGCGAUAGAAGAGAAAUACAGAGAAAGAAUAAGGCAGAAGACGGUUCCUAAACCAGUGAUGGACGUGUUAGAAGAGGAAUUGAAUAAACUGUCCUUCUUGGAAAGUCACAGUAGCGAAUUUAAUGUUACGAGGAAUUACUUAGACUGGCUUACGUCCAUGCCGUGGGGUUUAACAAGUACGGAGAAUUUAAAUCUUCAGGAUGCUGUCAAAAUUCUGGACGAAGAUCAUUAUGGAAUGGAAGACAUAAAGAAAAGAAUUCUUGAGUUCAUCGCUGUCAGUCAACUGAAAGGUAGCACGCAAGGAAAGAUAUUAUGCUUUCACGGCCCUCCUGGAGUGGGCAAGACAUCUAUAGCCAAGUCAAUUUCUCGCGCCUUAAACAGAGAAUACUUUAGAUUUAGUGUCGGCGGAAUGACGGACGUGGCGGAGAUCAAGGGGCAUAGGCGAACGUAUGUGGGAGCUAUGCCGGGCAAAGUUAUCCAGUGCUUGAAGAAAACUAAAACUGAGAAUCCGUUAAUUCUAAUAGACGAAGUUGACAAAAUCGGCAAGGGCCAUCAAGGAGAUCCAGCAUCCGCACUACUCGAAAUGCUCGAUCCAGAGCAGAAUGCAAAUUUCCUAGAUCACUAUUUGGACGUUCCAGUGGAUUUGUCGAAAGUUUUAUUCAUUUGCACGGCAAAUGUAAUAGAUACCAUUCCGGAACCCCUGAGAGAUCGUAUGGAGCUGAUAGACAUGUCGGGUUACGUAGCCGAAGAGAAACUGGCUAUCGCGAAGCAGUACUUGGUUCCACAGGCCAGAACCGAGUCCGGCCUCAGCAAUGAUCAAAUCAGCAUACAGGACGAGGCGCUUACGUCGUUGAUCAAAUCUUACUGUCGGGAAUCGGGGGUGAGGAGCUUGCAGAAACACAUAGAGAAGGUGCACAGGAAGGUGGCGUUCAAGGUCGUCAAGAAGGAAGCCGACAAAGUCGACGUAACCGCGAAUAAUUUGCACGAGUUCGUGGGCAAGCCUGUGUUCACGCAGGACAGGAUGUACGACAUCACGCCCGCUGGUGUGGUGAUGGGACUGGCGUGGACCGCGAUGGGCGGAUCCACACUCUUCAUCGAGACCACUAUGAGAAAACCGACGAGCGGCAAAAAAGCGGAGGGUACUUUCGAAGUCACCGGUCAUCUGGGCGAUGUGAUGAAGGAGUCCAUACACAUCGCGAUGACCGUGGCAAGAAAUUACCUGAAAAGAGAGGAUUCUUCUAAUACGUUUUUGUACGAUUCACAUUUACAUAUACAUGUGCCAGAGGGCGCUACACCGAAGGACGGGCCCAGCGCGGGUGUAACGAUCGCUACGGCGUUGCUCUCGCUUGCUAAAAAUCAAGCUAUUAGACAAGAUGUGGCGAUGACGGGUGAACUGAGUCUCAUGGGCAAGGUACUUCCUGUAGGUGGUAUUAAGGAGAAAACCAUUGCAGCAAAGCGGGUCGAUGUUAAAUGUAUAAUUUUACCGGAAGAAAACAAGAAGGAUUUUAACGACUUACCAAAAUAUAUCACGGACGGUUUAGAAGUACACUUUGCUACGACGUUCGAUGAUGUUUAUCGUAUUUGUUUCGCGCAAGCAAAAGAGACCGAAUCUUUCCGAUCUGAUAAACCAGUUACUACUCAUGUUUCAUCUACGCAACCAACAUUUGGAUAGAGAAUAUUUUACCGACAGAUUAUCUUGUUUCCUGUGUACAAUAUGUCUACAAUAAUUAAAAACAAUUUAUGUUAUUUUAAAAAAAAGUGAAAAUGGGAAUAUAUUAUUUUUCACGAUAUCAAUAAUAUAAUUUUUUAAAUUUUGUUAAAAAACACAUUUUGUGAAAAUCUAAAAACAUGAAUAAUUCUUCAAUUUAGCAAAUACAUUUGGAUAUUUGUAAAUAACAAAUGUUAUAAUGAACCGAGUAAUAGUAUUCUAGAACAAUUACUAACGAUUCUUCAUAAAAUAUGUGUAUAUAACUGAAUAGCAUAACUUGUAAGCUUAAGAGAGAAAAUUAUCAAUUUUCUGCUGUUAAUAAAGAAAAAUGUUUUGUUA